GCAGGUCACAGGGCUGAGACUCAUUUACUGCUGUACAUCACUGGCAGCACACUGCUGGCUGGCCUCAGUUCUUCCUGUCACAACAAAACGCGUCCUCACUGGGACUAGUCUGAAUUCAAAAUGCUGAAAAGAAAACCAUCCAAUGUUUCAGAGAAGGAGAAACAUCAGAAACCAAAGCGCAGCAGCAGCCUUGGCAAUUUUGAUCGUUUUCGGAAUAAUUCCACCUCAAAAUCAGAUAAUCCAACUGAGGUAUAUCAGGGGGAACCCAUAAAUGAAAGCAGAGAAGAAAAUAAAACUUCAAAUCAUGGAGGAAGUUUAGGUAAAAAAAUGAGAGCUAUUUCCUGGACAAUGAAGAAAAAAGUGGGUAAAAAGUACAUCAAAGCCCUUUCUGAAGAAAACAAUGACGAAGAUGGAGAGGAUUCCCUCCCAUGUCGGAACAGUGACCCCAUGGUUGGGGCCCACACAGAGAUGCCCCUCAAAGCCAGUGACUCCAUGGAUAGUCUCUACAGUGCGCAGAGCUCAUCAAGUGGAAUAACAAGCUGUUCAGAUGGCACAAGUAACCGGGACAGCUUCCGACUGGAAGAUGAGGGUGCCUACUCAGGACUGUUCUGCGGCCGGGCCCGAGUGCACACCGAUUUCACGCCCAGCCCCUAUGACACUGACUCCCUCAAAAUCAAGAAAGGAGAUAUCAUAGACAUUAUCUGCAAAACACCAAUGGGGAUGUGGACUGGAAUGUUGAACAAUAAGGUGGGAAACUUCAAAUUUAUUUAUGUGGAUGUCAUCUCUGAAGAAGAAGCGGCCCCCAAGAAAAUAAAGGCACACCGAAGGAGUGGACUAGAAAAAGCCAAGACUCUGCAAGAGUUCUUAGAGAGGAUUAGCCUUCAGGAAUACACAUCAACACUUUUGCUCAACGGUUACGAGACUGUAGAUGAUUUAAAGGAUAUAAAAGAGAGUCAUCUCAUUGAAUUAAACAUUAAAAAGCCAGAAGACAGGAUGAGGUUACUAUCAGCUGCUGAAAAUCUCCUUGAUGAAGAAACUAUCCAAGAGCAAGAAAACGAAACUGAGCCUCCAUCCUUAAGCCCAGACAUCUCCUCAAAUAAGUCACAGCUAGAUGACUGCCCGAGGGACUCUGGUUGUUACAUCUCAUCAGGAAAUUCCGAUAACGGCAAAGAAGACCUGGAGCCUGAAAAUCUUCCUGACAUGGUACAGAAGAUUACUAUCACAGAAACAAGUGACUGAACACAUACUCACAUCUCUGUAUCUACAGAUGCAUCCCAUUUUAACUCUUCUUGAGCUCAAAGAUCAAAUAGGAGAGGAGGAAAACUAUUCUCAGAUGCAACCUAAAGUUAAAAUGUUUGAAUCUGAAGGACUGUACAUUAAAGUUCUUAUCUUUAACAUUCCCAAGUAUUGUAAAUAAUUUGUAUAUUUAUUAUUUUAAAUCUUACAUGUUAAUAUUUCAUCUGCCUCUGUUAGAAAAGCUAUCGUAUAAAUCUGUAUGUGUGACAUAAUUUUAUUUGGCUUUAUUUUAUAAGUGCAAAAUGAUAAAUUCUACAAAAAUCAAAGAAACAAACAAAAAAAAAACUCCUGUUUGUUUUCAUACCUGCCAGGUUUGAAUUUGUGUAUGUUGUUGAAUAAAUAGUCGUGGAGCAUGUGUCUGUUCAACUGUCCAAGAAGCAUUUACACUCAUUUUUAUACUUACUGGGAAAGUGCAAGUUAAUACUGGAGACAUUUUAUCCAGAUCUACAGUGGAGUUUUAGUAAUAUUUUGUUGUUGAUUUCUUUAGUGUUAUCUGGUAUAAACAUAUAGAUAAUAUAUUGCCAAUUCUGAUUUAGUAAAACUAAUUUUAAUAAUGCACAGAUGUUUCAUGUUUAAGUGUAAAUAUUUUUAAUUUUGAAAUGCCCUAAUUUUAAUAAUAAGAAGAACUAUGUGCAUUUGGUAUUUUCCAGACCAAUGUCACUUAAGGUAUUUUCAUAUUAGACCUUUAUACAAAAUUUCUCCUACCAGACCAGUCCUUAUAUACUGUGUAAGCGCACAGUGGAAAUCUCACGAACUUAAUUGUCUGACCAUGUAUACUUAUAUUUAGAU